UAUGACUUCCGGGAGGGCAGUUCCAAAAAAAUAUAUUUUUAUGUUUUCUAAAUAAUUGUUUAGUAAUGCAUCAUGUUUUUCAGUGCUGAAGAUGACGAUCAAGAUUUUGCGUCUGGAGGGUCUAAAUCUAGGUUAGCCAAUUUAUUUGGUAUAGAUAAGCAGAGUUCCCAAGGUGGUAAUGAAUCAUUAACUUAUACAGCACCAAAGCAGCCAAGGCCAAAAGAGCCAGCACCACAGACUGAAGGGGCACCUGGUGUAUUAUUUGCAUCUGCAGUAAAUGCUUAUAAAUAUGUUGAUGGAAAGUAUGCUUCACAAGGUAAACUGGGAGCUGCUAUACUGGCUAACCAUACAUCACUCGAUUACAGGAUUUUGUUGUAUGUAUCCAAGCAACAGCAGGUGACUAAUGCUAAAAUAACAACAGCAUUCAUAUUUACCGUACAGUCAAAUAACUAUGCAAUUAUAUAUGAUGACAGUAGACUGACAUGGUCCUUAAAUUUUGAUUCUGAACAAAAUGUGCAACUGUUUGCUAAAAAUGUUGCUCUUGCUAAAGCACUCAGUGCUGGAUCUGCCUUGGAAACAGUUAUAUCCCAAGACUUGAAUGUAGGGGAAGGUACCAGUGUAGAGACUGGUUCCUCAGUAGAGGUCAAAUAUACAGGCUGGUUACUUAGCAACAAUACUUUUGGACAGGAAUUUGACAGCAAUGCUAAGUCAGAUAAAAUGUUUCGUUUCCAGACAGGAAAAGGAAAAGUUAUUAAGGGUUGGGAUACAGGUGUUGUUGGUAUGAAGAAAGGGACCAAGAGAAUCCUGAUUGUACCCCCUUCUCUUGGAUAUGGUAACAAAGGAGCAGGAAGUAAAAUACCUCCAAAUUCUACACUUAUAUUUGAAAUCACCGUUAUCAGAAUUAAAGGAGCUAAAGGGGCAUCACCUAGCCCUUCUCCUAUCCCAGAUUCUACACCUAGUCCUGUCAAUGAUCAGGAGGAGCAUACUGUUAAAGAAAGAACAAAGUCCAUCUCUGAUCAGUUGUCAACUACAGCGACUGGUAAAUCUGGGAAAGCAAGACUUAUAUCUAAGAUGGCAAAGAUGGGUCAACCAAUUCUACCAAUGAUGGGUGGUGCCACACCCGUUGAAAUUGAGGAUGAUAGUGGAGAGGAGGAGGAAGGCUCUAUUGAACCUCAAUCACCACAGCCCAUAGCAGAAAGUCCACCACAACACCAUUCCACCAAACCAAAGUUUACAAAACCAAAACCUGUCCACCCUCAUCCAACACAGCCCAUGGUACAGACGAUACCGCAACAAUAUAUACAACAACAGCAACCAGGGAUGUCCCAACCGGCAUUUGUUCAGAAUUUACCAGUAGCCCAACAGUUGGCAGUAUAUCAGCCCCAACAACAAGGAUUUGCACAGCCUCAAAUGCAGCCACAGACAACAAUGGGUCAGUUCCCAGCUGGUCAACCACCGAUAUAUAACCCUCAAUAUCAACAACAACCAGAACAAUUACAUACACAGUCAGCUGACAAAACUCCACCUGACACUCAGAUUUUGCCUGUGUUAACAGAGAACCGACAGCAGACGACAGAGUUAAGAAUUAGUAUGGGCAAAGUUUCUGAUAAAGUAGACAGAAUAUUGGAAAAGGUAGAGAGUAUGCAAAACCAACAAAAUGGUCAGCUGAGUUUACAGUCCACCCAACCUAACAUGGAGGCCUCUGUUCUGAUGCAUAAUGUACAGAGAAUUGUCCAGGAAAAUGAUAGACUAAGAAAAGAUGGAUAUGACAAAAGUUCUAAAAUAGAAUCACUAAAUAACAAGAUAUCAGAACUUUUACAGACCAACCAACAGUUUGUAGAGAAGAGUCAGACAUUAAUAGAACAGAGAAAUGAAGGUUUCAUUUCUACAGCUUCACAGUCUCAAGCCAGAGUGCUGUCCUUAGAGCAGGAAAAAGUCCAGCUAACAACUGAAUUGGCCAAUGCAACAUCUCUUUAUAGUAAUCUACAGUUAGAGGUGACAAAUUUACGAAAGAAAGAGAUUGAAUACCAGCAGAAGAUGGGGGUCUCAUCUAAUGAUUCUGUCAGGCUGCAAGAGGAACUAGAGUCACUGAAAAAUCAGAAAAUAGAUGACAGUCAGAAAAUUACAGAAUUGUCAACAAAUUUUAAGGAAGAAAGGCAGAGACGUAAACAUUUUGAGUCACAGAUCUCACAAAUACAGGAAGAAUUUAAUGAUAUCAAAUCAUCUAAAGAAAGCCUGGAAAAGAAUUUAAGUGACAGAAAGAGGAAGGCCACAGAAGAAAAAAGAGCUAUGGAAGAGGAAUUUGAAGAAAAUAAAGAGCAAUUAGAGAGAGAAAUCCAGACACUUAGAGAUAAAUUAAGAAAAGCCAAAUCAUCAACAGAUGUUGCCACUGCUGAACAAGUUUCACAAGUGGAGGAAGAAUUAAACACAGAAUGGAAAGAAAAGUGUGAUAAAAUGAUGACUGCUCAACAGGAAAAACACAAGAGAGCUCUUCAGGAAAUAAGGCAAGAAAAUGAAGAGCUUCAAACUAACGUUCAGCAACUUGAGAAAAAGAUACAAGAGAUAAAAUCCUCAUCAGGGGGUACAGAAAGUCAGAUAACAGAAUUACAAGAACAGAUAGAAGAAAUGACAGUUUGGAAAGAUAAGUAUGAAAAUUUACGAAACCAAGCUACCGGUAUGAAAGAUAAAUAUGAAGAUAGAAUAAAUGAACUGGAAUCAGAAAGGGACCAAAUGGAAGAGGAAAGAGAUGAUGCUUUAGAGCGUGCCCAGAAACAACAGGAAGUUAGAGUGCCAUCUAGUGGUGACUCCUCUAGUCAAUCAGUUGUUGGCGAGGUUAAGAAGAUUAUGAAUACUGUAUAUCAGGAACUGAAGAAUAAGUUUGAUUCUGAUGAAACAUAUACUGGUGGUGAUGUCCUUGGUGCUAUACUUAACUCUAUAAAGUCCACAACAUUAAAACUGGUCCAAAGUCAAAGUGCAACCCCUACACAGGAGGUACAGGAAGAGAGUGAAGAGGAGUCAGAAGAUGAAGAUGAAGAAGAUGAGGAUCAAGAUGGGGAUCAAGAUGAGGGAGUUGAGGAGCAAGAGAAGAAAGUUGUAGAUCAAGAUGAGGAAGAAGAAGAAUCAGACGAAGACGAGGAGGAUGUAAAAGAUAAUGUAGAGGAAGAAAAGAAUGAUGUUGGUAAACCAGCAGAAUCAGAACUAAUACAAUCUGAAAAUACAGAACUACCCAAUCAGGAACCUCAAAAUAUACCUGAAGAUUUACCAGAAGUAUCCAAUGAAAUGGAAAAUAAUAUUGAAAAUGACCAAUCAGCAGCCAGUGUUGUUGAAAAUACUCAAGAAAAUGUACCUGACGUCAAUUCAGAUAAAAAUGUUGUUAAGGAUGAACAAGAAAAGGAAAGUAACCAUGGUGAAAAUGAAAUAAUAAAUGAAACUAAUGAACAACCAACAGCAGAUUCUAAUACUGGACCUAACAAAACUGAAAAUAGCAAUGAAGAUAAAAAGAACGUGGACAGUGAUAUUGGUUCUAAAGCAAAAGUAGACUUAAGUGAUUUUGAUAUUCCUAAAAUUGAGAAAAAUAAUAAACCUGUAGUACCUCCUGCUGCCUCUAUGGAGCCUCCACCUAUUUUUGAUGAAGAUACAACAGAACAGAACAAUACAGACUCCUUAUUUGGAGAUGAUAAUCAUGUUGAAGAUACAUUAGGAAUAUCUUUUAACAAGGAUGAAACCAAAGAUAUAAAGAAAAAGUCAUCAAAAGUCGAUUUGUUAGAUGACGAUUUAAAACCGCAGCCUCCACCUCCAUUGUUUGGUGAUGAUGAUGACGACGAUGAUGAUUUAGAUUGGUUGAGUUAACACAAACUGUUGAGAACAUAAUCUUAUGUGCCAAAACUGUGAUAAAACAUUCCACAAAGUGUUGUUAUUGUUCAGAAAGCAAAAUGCAUUAUUCAAUAGAAAAGGGGGGUUGUAAUUGUAGACUAAAUGCCGCUAAAGACAUGCUGCUUAAAUGAAUUUGUUUUUUUUUUCCUUUUAAAUUGUGAUAUAUGUCAUGGUUGGUGAGAAAGUUUUAUUAAAAAUGGUAAUGGUCAAUUAUUCCGUAUAAAUUUGAAUUUGCAAUCCUUUUAUUUUCAAAGUAAAUUUCUAAACCUUUUCAAAAAAUUUUAAAAGAGGAAAUUUGCGUGGUUCACUCAAAAUGGAUUAAGAAUUCCAUAUGCAAAAUAUUUCAAUGCGUAGGAAUUUUUUGUAACAGGACCCCUAUACCAAACUUCAGUGACCAGAGUCUUUCCUUCCCCACUGUGAAUUGUUAAUGUUUUUAAUGCAAAUUUUCAUCAUUUUUUAAUUUAUUCAAUAUAUUUCAGUAUAGAGUUCUCAAAUUAUUACUCAUUUAUUGAAAUUUUGUCAUUGAAGACAAAAGAAUUAAGAUUAACAUGUAGUUAAUUCUCCAACCCCAACCCCUCUGCCCUAAAGUUUAAAAAUUAGUGCCCAUUGAUAAAUUUUCAAUAUGUUAUGUUUGAAAUAUAAAUUAUGUAAAAUAUUGCAUUGUCAGUGCUCACACCUUUAUAGUUCUUGGUUGACUGUUAUCAGUUUAUAUGAAAGGUUUAUAGUAACAAUAUCUUGAUCCAUUUCGGGAACCAGUGCCAAUCAAUAAAAUUUAGGGAGGAAUGGUCUUUGAAAACUGUGUGAAAAAUUGUCCUGUAACUUAUCUCAUGCUAUAAAAGAAGUCAUUAUGAACAAAAAAGUUGUCUUUCCAUCUUUUUGAUGGAAAUACUGAGUGAUGAGUGUAUAGGAUUUACAAAUAGAUUCAUUGGCAAGUUUUCUUUUAUGCUUGAUUUUACUUUCUGUAAACGCUUAAAUAAAUUGUCUUUAAUUGUCAGCAGCAGCUUUCUGAGAUUUGAGAUUAGUUUAUAUAUCUGGAGUACGUUUACUCUAAGAUGUAUGUUUAACUAGCAUAUCAUAGUACUAAAUACUUUAUUUUUCUUCUUUUUUUUCUAAAUUCCAUGAUAUUUAAUAUACAAUAAUCAUUUAUACCAUAUUCUUAUUAUAACAAAUAAUAUAGAAAAAAAUCUUCUGAAAUAAAAUUUCUUGACAGUUAUUAUACCCUUAUUGCUGUGUACAAUUAUUGAUUUGUAGUAAAGUGUUUCUGUAAAUUCAGAAAGUUUUGCCUGCAUUUAUAAUUGCGAAUAAGGAAAGUUGAAAUAAAAUGAUAGAGUAAUUACUCCAAUUUCAGGAAAUGCUUCAUUCAAAUAAUACUAUCACAUUUAAAAUGUGAAUUUUUAUUUUUGAAAACCUAUCCUGUAGUAAUUUUGCAAUAGUAAACACAUUGCAAACAUUAAUUAAUUUAUAAUAUUUAAAGAAAAAUAAUUGCUACUGGAUGAGAAAUUUAUGUUCCCAUAUAGUAUAGUCAUGUUGAAUGUUCCAUUUAUGUCGACAAAAUGUCAGGAUUAAAAUGAUAUAAAUCUGGGCUUUUUGAUGGUUGAUGGAUGAUAGGGACAUAUUAAAAAGUUGGAGAUGGAAGUGACACAUAAAAUGUAUUGUAAAAAGUGAAUUCUACAAAGGUUCAAUUAUUUAAUCCCAUUUGUACUAACAGUUUGCAUAAAACUCCAUUAAUUAUUGUAAAGAUGAUUUGUUAAAUGUAGAAUGAUCUAAAGAUUUUUCCCAAACUGAGAAAUUAGUUUAUCAGAAAUUAUCUCCCUUUAUUACAAGUAACAGUGUUGGUGCUUUUGUUGUUUUAUUGUUUAAAUGAAUACAUGUCAUACAAAAUAAUGUGCAAUGUUAUAAAGAUUACAGAGUUAAUAAAUUAUUUUAUGAGAAAA